GGCCGCUAGGUGGCAGAACACAGUUAGUAUUUCUUCACUAGACAGAAGAGUGGAACUGUUGUGUUUGUUUGGUUCAAUAUUCCCGACGUUCAUGUUUUCUAGAGAUGUACACAGCAGCUAAACAAAUUGGACUGUUACCGAAUUGCUAAAUGUGUAAUUUGUUGUAAAUAAGUGUCAGUCUGCAGUCUAGCUUUGUGCUGAGGACAUUUCAGCCUGAUUAGCAUCGUGCUGUUUCUUCCUCCAGUCGACUUCCAGGAUGGGGUCACUCGGGAGUCGUUUCCAAGCUUCUCCCCACCGCCUCAGCGAGACACCACAACCUCACUGUGCAGGGAACACACACAUCUGUGAGUGCAAGAAGAGGAAACGGAGCUCACACUGUGAGUGUGACAGUGAACCAGAGGAAGAGGACAGUCUGCUGGACACACCGUGCAGGAAGAAGCUAAAGAGCACGUCCAAGUAUAUUUAUCAGACGCUGUUCCUGAACGGCGAGAACAGUGAUAUUCGGAUCUGUGCACUCGGCCAAGAGUGGAACCUACACAAAGUUUACCUGUGUCAGUCUGGAUACUUCUCCAGCAUGUUCAGUGGCUCCUGGAAGGAAUCCAACAUGAUGGUCAUCCAGUUGGAAAUCCCAGAUCAGAAUAUCGACACAGAAGCUCUUCAGGUGGUGUUUGGCUCCCUCUACAGAGACGACGUUCUGAUCAAACCCAGUCGAGUUGUUAGUAUCCUGGCUGCUGCCUGCAUGCUCCAGCUGGAUGGACUUAUCCAGCAGUGUGGUGAAAGCAUGAAGGAGAACAUUAGCGUGAAGACAGUGUGUGGCUUCUAUGCCGCCGCUAACAUGUACGGCCUGGACUCUGUAUCGAAGAAGUGUUUGGAGUGGCUUCUCAAUAACCUCAUGACCCAUCAAAAUGUGGAGCUGAUGAAGGAGCUCGGGGUUGAAAUCAUCGAGCAGCUGAUCCAGUCGUCAGAUCUGUUUGUCAUGCAAGUCGAGAUGGAUGUGUACACCGCUCUGAAGAAGUGGAUGUUCCUGCAGCUCAACCCGUCAUGGGACGGUCCCAUCAAACAGCUUCUGGUCGAUGCAGACACGUGGCUCUGUAAAAGAAGGAGCGAGCUGGGAGAAGAUGAGCCGUUCCUGUGCACAGAGCAGGGCUCGCCUUUCACCCCCGUGUUCAGACACAUCCGCCUGCAGUACAUCAUCAACGACCUGGCAUCGGCCCGCAUCCUCGAGAGGGACAACAUCAUUCCGCCCGACUGGUUGUCCAGGAUAUACAAGCAGCAGUGGUUCACCAUGCUUCGAACAGAGCAUGACAAUGACAACGGACCCCAAGAGGCCAAUAAGGAUGAAUUCGAGAAGAACAGCAUGCGCUGCGGUCGAAAGCUGAACAAAGAUGGAGAUUACUGCUGGAGAUGGACAGGAUUUAAUUACGGGUUUGACCUGCUGGUCACCUACACUAACCGCUUCAUCGUGUUCAAGAGAAACACCCUCAGUCAGCCAUGCGGGGGCGCCGUCAGCCUACAGCCACGGCGACACCUUGCUUUCAGGUUGCGGCUCGCAUCGUUCGACAGCUGUGGCAAACUGAUCUGCAGCCGAUCUACAUGCUACCAGCUGCUCACUCUGGAGAAAGAUCAGGAGUACGUGGUGAUGAACCUGGACAGCCGUCUCCUGUCUUUCCCGCUCUACGUCUGCUGUAAUUUCCUGUACACUUCCCCCUCCCCCGAGCGCCGAGCCGACGAAUCAGAAAGCAGCUCCCGCAGCAAGUCGUGACUUUCCGGCCAAUAAGCUCCGUCAUGAUCUUGUGACAUCAUCACUUCCUACCACUCACUCACUUUUUGCCAUCAGUUUUCUAUACCUUGUUAUUUUUACAUUUUUUUAAAGAAAAAGUCUAUACUGAUAAUUUUACUGUUUUAUUUUACUUUUAUAUUUAUUUCAGAAUUUUUUUUAUGAGUUUAGUAUAUAAUUAAACCCAAGAGAGUCCACAGUGAGCACGUUAGUUUUAUGCCUUCUGUUGUUUUGUACGAAGUGAACUGUUGUAAUCUUGUGUCCGUUCAUACUGCACACGAGUCUGAUUUUGCCAGGCAUUCCUAUUUAUUCAGCUGUUUUGUACUGUUUAAAGAAAACUGGUGCUUUUUUAUAUAAAUCGCUUUUUCUUCCAGUGCAGCUCUCAAUUCACAUCACACAGACAAAUGGCCAUUUCAUAUUUUCUGUAAUUAUAUUAUUGUGACUAUGUACACAUGAUGAUGAUGAUGAUGAUGAUGAUGAUGAUGAUGAGUGGGUCUUGGUUAAAUGUAGAAGAUGUGCAUUAUGGGAUAAUGACAUCAUCGUUCAGGCAUGAGGAUAUAAUCAUCGCUGGCUGGUGAGAGCCUAUUCUCAAAAAAUAAAAUGAUGGAAAAAAUGC